ACAUGGCUACGUUGCGGUUGAGCGUCGUGGGGCUCUGUCUGCUGCUGAUCGCGCUGCCUGCGAAAGGGGCGAAUAUUUUGGGACUGUUCAGCAGUCACAGUCAAUCGCACUUGAUACUCCACAUGUCGAUGAUUAAGACUCUGGCAGAGAGUGGACACAAUGUGACCGUGGUGACCAUGAUGAAGCCGACGAUCACGCACAAGGACAUUCAUCUGAUCGUGGUGCCUUUGACAGCUGUACAGGAGCAGAUACUCGAGGGCCAAAUAAAGGAAAUGACUGGACAGAAGAACUCGAUCUUUAGCACGAUGAAUCGCAUGCUGAAUGGCAUGAGUGUGAUGAUUGAAUCACAGCAUCAAUUGCUGUCGGAUGCUCGCUUCCAGCGCAUCUACGAGACGAAGUUCGACUUAAUGUUCAUGGGCUUCUUCUUGAAUGAUUUCCAAUUGGGCGUAGCCGCCAAGCUACAGGUGCCUGUGAUUGUUUCCUGGAUGCAGGCGCCGAUGAUGGUCAUCGAUGCAUACGUUGGCAAUCCCUCAGAGCUCUCAUAUGUGCCCAAUAUACAAACGCCUUUAGGCCGAGGUGAGCGAAUGGGCUUUGCCAAGCGUCUAGAAAAUUUCAGCAAGUACCUGUUCCUAAGAGUCAUGUUGAUGAUCUUCGAGAAACGCUUCGAUAACUUCUAUGAGCAGCAAUUCGGCCAGGAGCCGAACUUCCCCACGCUGGCCGAGAUGAGACGCAAUGUGUCAAUGGUCUUCACAAAUAGCCAUUCGAUAAGUGAGGGUCCGAUUCGUCCACUUGUGCCAGGAAUUGUGGAAAUCGGAGGCAUUCAAAUCAAGGAGCAGCCCGAUCCGUUGCCAGCGGACAUUGCCAAGUUUCUGGAGACUGCUCAGCACGGAGCGAUUUUGCUGUGCCUCGGCUCCAAUGUCAAGAGCACGGACGUGAAACCUGAGCUAAUACAGGCCAUGUUCAAGGUGCUCUCGAGCCUGAAGCAGCAUGUCAUCUGGAAGUGGGAAGAUCCCGAUAAUACGCCCGGCAAAUCGCCAAACAUACUUUAUAAGAAGUGGCUCCCACAGGACGAUAUUCUGGCCCAUCCCAAGAUCAAGCUCUUCAUUACGCACGCUGGCAAGGGCGGCAUCACGGAGGCGCGCUACCACGGCGUGCCCAUGGUUGCUCUACCGGUCUUUGGUGAUCAGCCCAUCAAUGCGGAUGUCAUGGCAGCGUCUGGAUAUGGACUUACACAAGACCUGAUGCAGCUGAACGAAGAGAACUUCAAGGCGAAGAUUGAGGAAGUCCUUGGCAACGAGAAAUACGCCUUGGCCAUCAAGAGCUUCUCGCAACUCUACCGGGACAGACCCAUCACGGCCAAGCAGUCAGUGCUCUACUGGACGGACUAUGUGCUGAGGCACAAGGGAGCCGUCCAUCUGCAAAGUCCUGCCGUGCACAUGACUUCCCUGGAAUACUAUAACAUAGAUGUUUACGCCGUAUUCAUAGCUGUCUUAGCUCUAGUUUUGCUCCUAACUUGGCUUGCGCUGAGAUGCACUUGCCGCAAAUUAUGUGGCAAGUCCAAGAAAGUUAAGCGGCAUUAAUUAUAAGUUAAAGUACUACAAAAACUGAAUGAGAUUUGCUCACAC